UACAGAUAACAGAGGAAUGGGCAUGGAUGAAAUGAAGAAGAAAAGGAGGCAAACCCAGAAUUUGGGGUUCAAUGAUAUUCUGUUUUCUUGGUCGCUUCAAGAUAUUUUCAAUGAAGAUCUCUACCAGGACGAGAUUGAAAAGAUUCCGGAUUCUUUUGAGUCUGUUCAGCAUUAUUUUGGGUCUUAUGUCUCUCCUUUACAAGAAGAGAUUAGAGCUGAGCUCUGCACUAGAAUAGACGCUCUAUCCACUGCGCCAUUUGCGGAAGUGAUAUUGUUGGAAGAAUGUAAGCCAUAUGGUACCGAAUUAUAUGACUGCAAAGUUGAUCUGUGGAAGAACAGAUUCAAUGGAAAUGAGCCAUACAAAGUCUUACCUGGAGAUGUAUUUAUUUUGGCUGAUGUAAAACCUGAAGUUGCUUCAGAUUUGGAAAGAAUGGGGAAGUCUUGGACUUUUGCUAUUGUUCAUAAAAUCUCAGAAGAUGAGAAUGAAGGUGAUCUCACCUCCACUUCUUUUAAAGUAAAAGCAGUAGUGAAGAACUCGGAAAUCAUCAAGAAGACGAUGUUUGUGGUCUUUUUGUUGAACAUACUCCCGAGCAAAAGAAUAUGGAAUGCAUUACACAUGGAUGGAGAUUCACAGAUUAUGAAGGAAGUUCUAUGCCCCAAUCUAAUGGGUAGUGAAGAUUAUGACAUGUCUAGCCUUUUGCAACAAAAAAUGAAUUUGGAAUUUCUAUCUUCAUUGAAUGACUCUCAAGUUAGGGCGGUUAUGUCAUGCCUUUACAAAGUUGGCCUUGAGCACAAAUCUUUUGUUGAACUUAUAUGGGGGCCACCUGGGACGGGGAAAACAAAGACUGUUAGCGUGUUGCUCUUUCAUCUAAUGAAGAAUAGAUGCAAAACCAUUACAGUAGCUCCAACAAAUGUUGCCAUUGUAGAAGUGGCUUCACGAGUCCUUAAUUUGGUCAAUUUGGUCAAGGAGCUGUACGGACCAGAUUGUUUAUCCUAUUCUUUGGGGGAUGUUCUUUUAUUUGGAAAUAAGGAGAGGCUCAAAGUUGGCUCAAAUGUUGAAGAAAUACAUUUGGAUUAUCGGGUUCAAAAAUUUGCGGAUUGCUUGGGUUCACUCACUGGUUGGAGGCAUUGCUUUGCAUCCAUGAUUGAUUUUUUUGAAGAUUGUGUUUCUCAGUAUAAUAUCUUCUUGGAAAAUGAGCGAAAUCAAGACUGGAGUUGCAAUAAAGAAACUGACGAGAAGGAUGUCAUAAAGGAAGCUAAAAAUGAUGAGGUGGUCUGUAAAUCUUUUCUUGAAUUUGCAAGAGAGAGGUUUAGGUCUGUUGCAUCUCAAGUCAGAGGAUGUCUUUCAAUAUUCUGUACUCAUUUACCUAAAAAAUAUUUGGAGGAUAGUUUUCAGGACAUGCCUUCACUUAUUAGAUCACUAGAUUCUUUUGAAAAUUUACUGUUUCGAGAAUCUGUUCUUUCUGAAGUACUUGAGGAGCUUUUUACACGUCCUAUUGUAUGUAAAGAUCUCCCUACAAUAUCUAUAGAUUUUGCAUACCUGUUCGACUUGACAAGAAGUGGUUGCCUCUCUAGUUUGAAAUCUCUUCAAUGUUCCUUAGCUGAACUUAAACUACCAAGUGCCAUAAACAGAGUUGCGAUCGAGGAAUUCUGCUUUCAGAAUGCUUCUUUGGUUUUCUCCACUGCUUCAAGCUCGUACAGGUUACAUUCAAUGUCGAUUGAGCCUUUCAAAGUUUUAGUAAUUGAUGAAGCAGCACAACUGAAAGAGUGUGAGUCAGCGAUCCCCUUACAGCUUCCAUAUAUUAAGCACGCCAUACUCAUAGGUGAUGAGUGCCAAUUACCAGCAAUGGUUGAAAGCAAGCUUGCUAGUAAUGCUGGCUUUGGAAGAAGUUUAUUUGAGAGGUUCAGCUCUUUGGGCCACCCAAGACACCUUCUCAAUGUGCAGUACAGAAUGCACCCAUCUAUAAGUUUGUUCCCAAAUUCUAAAUUCUAUUAUAGCCAGAUCUUAGAUGGUCCUAAUGUUCAAAGUUUAAGCUAUCGGAAGAACUAUCUUUUGGGGUCUAUGUUUGGUCCCUAUUCUUUCAUAAACAUAAAGUAUGGAAGAGAAGAGAAGGAUGAUAUUGGACACAGUCGAAAAAAUAUGCUUGAGGUGGCGGUUGCUCUGAAAAUAGUGCGAAAUUUGUACAAAGUGUGGACAAGUUCGAAAGAGAAGCUUAGCAUUGGUGUUAUCUCACCAUAUUCUGCUCAAGUAUCUACAAUUAAGGAGAAAAUUGGACAUAAGUAUGACAACCUUGAUGGCUUUAAAGUGAAAGUGAAAUCGGUUGAUGGCUUUCAGGGUGGAGAGGAGGAUAUUAUUAUUAUUUCUACGGUAAGAUCAAAUAGAGGUUCUUCUGUUGGAUUUUUAUCCUGUGAUCAGAGGACAAAUGUUGCUCUUACAAGAGCUAGAUAUUGUCUAUGGAUAUUGGGGAAUGAUAAAACAUUGUCGAACAGCGAGUCUUCUUGGGCUCAUCUGGUCUCUGAUGCUAAGCAACGUGGUUGUUUCUUCAAUGCUGAUGAUGAUGAGAGCCUGGCCAAAGCUAUAUUGGAAGUAAAGAAAGAGUUCAAUCAGCUUGAUGAUUUAUUGAAGGGAGAUAGUAUUCUUUUCAGAAAUGCAAGAUGGAAGGUUCUAUUCAGUGAUAGGUUUUUGAAAUCAUUCAAGAAAUUGUCAACAAUUGAGACGAGGAAAAAGGUUUUGAAUCUUCUACUAAAACUUUCCAAUGGAUGGAGGCCUAGAACAAGAGAUUUAAAUUUGGUAUGCGGAAGCUCAACGAGGAUUUUGAAGAAAAUCAAGGUCGAACGUCUCUAUGUUAUUUGUGCAAUUGAUAUAGUAAAAGAAGAAUCAACAUAUAUGCAAGUCUUGAGGAUUUGGGAUGUCUUGCUUCUUGAGGAUAUUUCAAAAUUGAUCAAGCAUCUUGACAGUAUAUUCAGCUCUUACACUGAUGAAUACAUCAAUCUUUGUCAAGAGAUAUGUUAUGAUGGGGAUUUUCUGGAAGUUCCCAAGACUUGGGUAUUUUCAUCGGAGCUCGUUCGGUACAAGAGUCAUAUUGACGAUUCGAAUGGGGACAACUUACAAGGUGCUGCUUAUGAUGGUAGAAGUUAUGUUGAGAAUUCGAAGGUCAAAGAUAGUUUGUUACUGAUGAAAUUUUACUCCUUAUCCUCUGGUGUUGUGAGCCAUUUGCUUUCUGAUAGAGAUGGCAUUGAAUUGGACCUCCCAUUUGAAGUAACAGAAGAAGAAAUUGAGAUAAUCCUUUAUCCCAGAAGCACUUUCAUACUUGGACGGUCCGGAACAGGGAAAACUACUGUAUUGACUAUGAAGUUAUUUCAGAAGGAAAAGUUGCAUCAUUUGGUAACACAAUUCCACGAAGUCGAAAACAGUAUAAGUUCGGAUGUUAGUCAAAAUAAUAAGACUUCAGAAAGUCCAGCAGAGACAAAUGGAGCUGUUUUACGGCAGCUUUUCCUGACAGUUAGUCCAAAACUUUGCUAUGCUGUUAGACAGCAUGUAUCUCACUUGAAAAGCCAUGCCUGUGGUGGGGAUUCUAAAGGGAAAGCUGCAUUUGAUAUGGAAAAUAUGGAUGGCUUAGAAGCACAGUUAAUGGAUGUCCCAGAUUCCUUUGUCAAUAUUCCACCCAAGUCAUUUCCUCUAGUGAUAACAUUCUACAAGUUCUUGAUGAUGCUGGAUGGAACUCUGCGUGAUUCAUAUUUCGAGAGAUUUUGUGAUGCAAGACAACUGUUACAUGGUCAAACCCGCGGCUCACGAUCUGUUGCCUUGCAGUCCUUUAUAAGGAAGAACGAAGUUAGCUAUGAUCGUUUCAGUUCGUCUUAUUGGCCCCAUUUCAAUUCACAACUAACGAAAAAGCUAGACUGUUCAAGAGUUUUCACCGAGAUUAUUUCUCAUAUAAAAGGGGAUCCUCGAGCCAUGGAUGCAGGUGAUACAGCUCAAACCAUUGCAAGGGGGAUUGAUUUCAGGUUCCAAGAUAUAAGAUCCUUGUUCUAUAAGAAGUUUGUACGACCAAAGAUAAGCAGUAGAGGUUCUGAAAGAGAAGAUAAAGGACAAAUCUCGGAGAUUUUUCAUCUAAGCCAGAACUUUCGAACCCAUGCCGGAGUUCUUAACCUAUCACAAAGCAUAAUUGAUCUUCUCUAUCACUUUUUUCCACAAUCUAUCGACAUUUUGAAGCCUGAGACUAGUAGAAUUUCUGGGGAAGCACCGGUUUUGCUUGAAUGUGGAAACAAUGAAAAUGCAAUUAAAAUGAUCUUUGGAAAUAGAAGUGGUGAUGGGAUCAGUAUGGAAGGAUUUGGGGCUGAGCAGGUAAUAUUGGUUCGUGACGAAUCCGAACAGAAGGAGAUCUUGAACAUUUUGUGCUCUGAGUUGAAGCAACUUUAUGUGGCGGUCACUCGAACGAGGCAGAGGCUGUGGUUUUGUGAGAAUACAAAGGAGCAUUGUGGACCUUUGUUCGAGUAUUGGAAGAAAAAAUGUGUGGUACAAGUUCAACAGUUGAAUGAUUCUCUUGCACACUCUAUGCUAGCUUCAAGCAGUAAGCAGGACUGGAGGUCACAGGGCUUUAAGCUAUAUUAUGAGGGAAAUUAUAAAAUGGCAACACUGUGUUUUGAAAGAGCUGAAGAUGGUUAUUGCGAAAGAAGAUCCAAGGCCUCUGGCCUUAGAGCUUUUGCAGAACAUAUCCACAAUGCAAAUCCUGUGGAAGCUAAUGCAAUCCUCAGAGAAGCUGCUGUAAUGUUUGAAACUAUUGGGAAGGCUGAUUCCGCGGCCCAAUGCUUUUUCGAUAUAGGGGAGUUUGAAAGAGCAGGGGCGAUUUUCGAGGAGAAAUGUGGGGAACUAGAGAGGGCGGGGGAGUGUUUUUGUCUAGCCAAGUGCUAUAAUCGAGCUGCUGAUGUAUAUGCCAGAGGAAGUUUCUUCUCUUUGUGUUUGAAGGCUUGCUCUGAAGGCGAGUUGUUCGACACGGGUUUGCAAUACAUUUUGUCAUGGAAACAAGAUGCUACGGAAAUAGAGAACCUUGAACAAGAAUUCCUAGAAAGAUGUGCUCUUCAUUUUCACAACAGUGGAGACAGUAGAUCCAUGAUGAAGUCUAUUAAAAGUUUCCGAACUUUGGAUCUGAAGCGAAACUUCUUGAAGUCAUUGAAUUGCCUUGAUGAGCUGCUUUUGUUGGAAGAGGAAGAGGGAAACUUUUUGGAGGCCGCAAAGAUUGCAAAGUCAAAAGGUAAUCUCCUUCGCCUGGCUGAUCUUUUAGGCAAGGCAGGAAAUUUUAGUGAUGCAUCCAUGCUUCUUCUACAUUAUGUUCUUGCCAACUCUCUCUGGUCGCCCGGAAGCAAAGGUUGGCCCUUGAAGCAGUUUCAACAAAAGCAAGAACUUUUGGCAAAGGCCAUGUUGUUAGCAGAAAAUGACUCCAGAAAUUUAUAUGACAGUGUUCGCACAGAGGUAGACAUUUUAUCAGAUGAAAAUGGUAAUUUGGAAACUCUUUCAGGAUAUCUAAUUGCCUCUAAGGAACACAACAGUGUUAGAGGUGAAAUGAUUUGUCUUAGAAAGAUUAUGGAUGUUCAUUUUCAUUUGAACUCAUCAAAAUACACUUGGGAAGAUGAAUUAGUUUUUGAUCUAACCAAGCAUUCAGAAGAAAUAGUUUCUAAAAACCAGGUGUCCAUAGAAACUUUGGUUUACUUUUGGCAUUGCUGGAAGGACAGAGUUUCGAAUGUCCUCGAGUGUUGCAAUUGUCUUGCCAUGAAUGAUUCCGACCCUUAUGCGGAGUUCUGUUUAAGUUUUUUUGGUAUUUGGAGGCUGAACAACAAUCACAUAUUGCUCAACUCUGAUGCUGAUUGGGUCAAAAAGGUGGAUGAAAGGUUCCUUCAUAGAAAUGGGAAAUUGGUUUCAAUUGAAGCUGCUCAGUUUUCUUUAUCUGUUAUGAACUAUUGGAGCACAGAAUUGCUUACUUCUGGAAUCAAGGUUUUGGAAAAUCUUGACUACCUUCAUAACCUCUCAAACAGAAGCAAGUUCUCCAUGUUUCGUCGGUGCAGGGUGCUUACUCAUAUGUUUGAAGUUGUAAAAUUUCUUCUGGAGAGCAAAUAUUUGAAACAUGGAUUUCAUGAUAAGCGGAUGCUAGAGAGGUACUUAAAAAUGGCAACAGGGGAAAUUCAAAGUUAUUUGUUUCCACCAGAUUGGCAAGUUUCAUUGAAGAAGAAUGUGAUUUCUCUAAGAGUUAAUAGUGUUUGUCAAAACAUGAUGAGGGAAAUCAUCGCAGAGAAUGUCGGCUUAUGGAAUCUACUGACUUAUGGUCAAAUUGGAAGGGUUGCAAUGAUGAUUCUCGGAUCUGGAAAGCUCGAUAAGAAAUUGUGUGAAAAAAUAGUGAAAUGGUUAGAGGAGAAUCCUCCUUGGAGUGCAUUCGUUAUGGAGCUUUUCAACAGUAUGAAUGCAGAGAAUGAAGGCAUGAGGAACCCUGCAAAAGAAAUGUCUCUUGUUUGGAGGUUUCAUGAAGCUCUGAGGGACACAUAUGAUGCGAACUGGGUCCAAGUCCGGGAUUAUAUUUCACCGUUCUGUUUCAUGUACCUUGUUGAAAGGCUACUGGUUAUGGUAUCAUCCUUGAAGGGGGGAUACUUCAUCACUACAAAAGCCUCUUUUGUUGAAUGGCUCAUCUUCCAUGAAGGAAAUUCCAUCAUAACUUCCAUUUCAGGUGCUCGAACCCAGAAUUCUUUUCAGGCAACGCUCAGGUUUUUGGCUGGUAUCCUUACGCAGUUUCUUUUCGACAAGAUAGCGACGCUGGAUUGGAUGAGAAAGACACAUCCAAAUGUGAAGGAGUACUAUCCGGUAUUGGUGCAGAAACUGGUUGUUGCCAUUUGUUUACUUCAUCUGAACUUUGGCAUUUGCUUCGAUGUACUCCAGAAUUUGCGUGGACGCAACUACAUUACUGAACAUUUACCAUGGAAUUUCUACAAUGCACUUAGGAGAAAGAAAAACUUUCAUGUACCACCAACUAAUGAUGCAAAUAUGAUGGCCGGAUUCUUCAAGGAAAUCGGAAAUCCAAUGGUUAUUGUCAGUUUGGAUGGAAAUCGUCAACAAUUCAUUUGUAGAGAUGCAACUUUUGUCAACUUGAAUAUCAGCCAUCAGAUUGACGACUUACUGAAGGCUUUGUUUCCUAAGGAAGUUGAAACAAUGCAACACCGAGCUGAAGCUCCGAAAGCGCAAGAUGGAAAUAGUACUAAUACUAACACCAGACAAAUGCCGUCAUCCAAAAGUUGUGAUCUGGGGAUAGUUACACAACUUCCAUCAUCUUCUUCUAGCUUGGCUCUGGAUGAAAAUAAGAAGAUGAAAUCUGAUUGUGAAAAACUUGUUACUUUUUGGGAAACAUUAGAAGCUUUGACAAGAUUGAUAGAGAAUAAAAGCGAUCAAAAGUUCAUACUAUCGAAUGCCUCACAAAUCAAGAUAAAUGUGGAGAAAUGGCAUCACCAUUUAUCUGCUGCAAGAAGCAAUGCAGAGGAGGGCAUUCCUUUGGAUGUAGUCGAUCGCUUGCUUAAUGAACUAAAUUUACUUUCUACUGCUUUAAGCAUGAGCGAGCCCAAGCAAAACAUAUCCCGAGUGGCAUCCAUUUCAAAGAGUUUAUAUUCGAGGAGGAUUGAGUUGGAACCUAUAUUGGCUAAACUAGUACGUGAUGAUCCUGUAACUGAACUAGGCGACAUGUCAGGUUUCGAGAAUGCCGAAGAUUCUAAGCAUGGAGAGGAAGUUUCUAAGGGCAGCAGCCCUGUUGAGGGUGGAGGACUGGAGGAACCUGUGGAGCCUAUGGAAGUAGGUGAGAUGUCGAGUAUUGGGAACGCAGAAGAUUCUGAGCAUGAUGAGGAAGGUUGUAAGGGCAGCAGCCCUGGACUGGAACCUGUGCAGCCUGUGGAAGUUGAGACUGUUGUAUCCCAAGCAACUGAUAAGAAAGGAAAAGUGAAAAAAAAAGCAAAAGAAAAACAAGAAGGGGAAAGGCCGUAGGAAUUAAAUGAGAAUGGAAAUUGUAAAAGUUUAAAUGUGGUGUGUGAUUUUGAGAUGUGUUUUGUAAUAUGCUAUGUAAAUAUCAAUGAAAUAGAAGUCCAAAGAGCAUGCAUAUUUCUAUGU